UGUUCUUCUGAACUAUUCAUUUGGCUUAUCCUAUUGGCUGAGCAAGAGUCGGCGCGCCCGUGGACCCGCCUCCUCACAGGAAAAAGGCUAGAUUCAGAUCGAUGAUUUAAAAGGCAGUUGGUCCGUCCACACAUCUAGUACGCAACUCUACUGAUUUUACAUCAAGCUUUUCAGCCAGCCAGCCAGUCAGUCAGACGGUACAACCCGAGCGGAUAGUAGCUCCCAGCGGUACCGGGUGAAGCCUCGGUGACGUGAAGGUGGGUGUUGAAGACUCUCCAUCCCUUUGUGAGUCAUGGCGUCCUCCCUGCUCAGUCGACAGCUGGCCCUUUCCCUACAGUACAACCUCCGACUCAGUGCACCAGGCUGCAGGUUUGCGAGUAAAGCAGCUCCUAAGACUCAGGUGGAGUUUGAAUACGAUGGGCCCUCCAUGAAGACAGAGGUCCCCGGACCCCGCUCCAAGGAGCUGGCCAAACAGUUGGGAGAAAUGCAGAACGUGGGAGCAAUCAAUUUUUUCUGUAACUAUGAGGAGAGCAGAGGGAACUACCUGGUCGAUGUGGACGGAAACCGCAUGUUGGACGUGUACACACAAAUCUCCUCUAUCCCUAUUGGAUAUAGCCAUCCCUCGCUCAUGAAAGUGCUUUCCAACCCUAACAAUAUGAGUGCAUUUGUUAACAGACCAGCUCUUGGGAUCCUGCCACCAGAGAACUUCCCAGAGAAGCUGGCAGAAAGCCUCCUCUCUGUAUCUCCUUCGGGAAUGAGUCGUGCUCAGACUAUGGCAUGUGGAUCCUGUUCAAAUGAGAAUGCAUUUAAAUCCAUGUUCAUCUGGUAUAGAAAUAAGGAGAGGGGCCAUAACAACCCUUCUGAAGAGGACAUCAGAUCAUGUAUGAUCAACCAGAGCCCUGGCUGUCCAAACCUCAGCAUCCUGUCAUUCAUGGGUGGAUUUCACGGGCGGACUAUGGGUUGCCUAGCAACAACGCACUCCAAAGCCAUCCACAAGCUGGACGUGCCAUCAUUUGAUUGGCCGAUCGCCCCUUUCCCUAAACUGAAGUAUCCUCUAGAAGAGUUCACCAGGGAGAAUGCACAAGAAGAGGCUCGCUGCCUAGAGGAGGUGGAGGACCUGAUAGUACAGUGGCGUCAGAAGGGCCGGCCGGUGGCUGGGAUCAUCAUUGAACCCAUCCAGGCUGAAGGUGGAGACAAUCACGCCUCACCAGACUUCUUCAGGAAACUACGGAACAUCGCACACAAGCAUGGCUGUGCCUUCCAUGUGGAUGAGGUCCAAACGGGUUGUGGCGCCACAGGGAAGUUCUGGGCUCAUGAGCACUGGGGGAUGGAGGACCCUGCUGACAUCGUCUCCUUCAGCAAGAAGAUGCUCACUGGAGGGUUCUACCAUAAAGACGAGUUCCAGGCAGACAAGCCCUACCGUAUCUUCAACACAUGGAUGGGUGACCCGUCGAAGAACCUGUUACUUGCAGAGGUUCUGAACGUGAUUCGCAGAGAGAACCUUCUAGAGGAGGUGUCACGAUCUGGGAAGGCUCUGCUGCAGGGACUCUACCAACUACAGGCCCAGUACCCUAACCUGUUGAGCAGUGCGAGGGGAGUGGGGACAUUCUGUGCCGUAGACAUCCGUGAUGAAGCCACACGCAACAGCAUCCUCAUCAAAGCCCGGGACAAGGGUGUUCUGUUGGGAGGAUGCGGAGAUAGGUCCAUCCGUUUCCGUCCUGCUCUGGUGUUCAAGGAAUACCACGUCCACAUCUUCCUCAACGUGUUCAACGACGUCCUGGCAGAGUACAACUAGAACACAACAGGAACCCUCUCUAGAACCCCUCCCUGGCCCGUCCUCCUGGUACCCCGCCAGCCGACAGGGUUCCGACCAGCUGAGGGAGGAAGCACAACAGCUGUCAUCUAUAGCAGGGCUUUACUUUAACACAUUCAAGUUGACAGUUAUCUUCAGAGGAAAUCCCUGAAAAACACACAAGCACAAAACUAUGCCAAAACAGACACACACCCUUCAACAACGCCAAAACACACACACUUGUUACAACUACCCCCAAAUACACAGACCCUUUAAUUACACUAAAGCCCACACACACCCAACCACUCCAAAAUACACACAGUACACCAAAACAUGAAGGCACAAUAAUGUACCUGAUUUAUCCACUUGAGCAGCUGAUAAGCCUAAAAAAGGUUCUGUUCAUUCAAAAUGGCCGCUGCAUGCAAGCCUUUAACCCUUGAACCUUGACCUUACAGUACAUCUCAUUGUAUUCUCUGGGGAUUCUCUUCUAUCUGUAUCACUGAGGCGUUAAAGAAAUGUAAUGAUCGUUCCCAUUUGAGCUGGCGUUAAAUCACGCUGUAUCUGGGAAAUGAUGUGAUAUGGGUAAAAGAGAGCAUUUAAUGUCCCAGGCAACCCUAAAUAUUCAGAUUUUAUGAAGGAGAAAGGUGAAGGAUAUGUAGACCACUGUGUCUUUUUAUAAUACAUAAAGGCUUUUUGGGUUAAAGGAACUGAGACUUGGGUUUCGGAGUCGUACAUCUGGGCAGUAAGACGUCCCCUUCUCAGCACAUCCAUAAGACACAGAUAUAAAUAUGUACAAACUAUAUUGACCUUUGGACAUUGGUGGUAAAAGCAGACCAGGAGAAAAUAUCAUUGUUGUUUGAACCCAAAGUCAUAGUAGAGUGUUUGGCAUCUUGCUAUUUUCAUGUAGUUUCCUUGUGAAACAAAACAUUUCUGAUACAUUCUGAAAUUAAGUUGAGAGCUGUUCUUAAAAUCCGAUUACAUUCUUGAACUUAAUUGAAAAUGCUGACACCCCUCAAGAAGCAACAUUUUAACAGAAUUUGAAAUGAAAGGAAGUAACAUUUUAUUUGAAAGUGCUUAAAUUUAAUUCAAAGGCCUCAUUCUUCACAGGAGUGACUAAUAUUUAUUUUGACAUAGCGUAUAUGGGUGCCUAAGGCAUGUAAUAUAAGGUGGAAACAUUUCAAUUUUAAAUGGUAACUGGAUUAAACGAUGUAGCAGGGGUCUACACUGUCCUGGAUGAGCCCUCAGAUGUUCCUGGCAGGCCAAUAUGUCUGUCAGCAGUAGCCAGAUAUUCUGUGAUAGGACCGUAGAGGCUUUAAGACGUGACCAUAAUGAAGAUUACAGUGAUGAUUGUGUCUGUCAAAUCUGUUGUGUCAUUGACCUGUUAACAAUUAACACUAUGAGAAGUAUUGAGGUGUUUACAAUGUUGUGAGUUUAAUUCAUUAAAGAUUAUCUCAGAUUAUCCUGUCAUUAUUACAGAUGGCUCUAAUUAUUGUUGCCUAUGAAUCAUCCUCUCCAUGCUAUGUAACCUCAAAUAAACAGUGAUCACAUUU